CCAAGCCUCUUACUCCAGCGAGGCAAUGGCAGCAGUCAAAGCUCCACAGACUAUUCGAACAGAGCUGCCGAUACUUAAUGGCCACGAUGGUGCUCAUCUGCCGAAGACUGCCGUCACCCACACAAUCGAAACCACCAAGCCUGACGAUACUCGACGCCCGGCCUGUGAGAUAGAAGAGCACCCCAUUGAUCAAGUCCGCCGGAUCAAGGUCGGCGUCAUUGGAGCAGAGCUUGCAGGAGUAACAGCGGGAGCUCUGUUCCCUGGCAGCGCGACGCAUUUGAACUAUCUGCGGCGGGAUCCACGCUGGGAGGAUUGGGAGUAUACCUAUACCAAUCCGAGCGGGAAUCGGUUCGCGUACUUUGGGAAUAAGUGGACUACAAGGUAGCUCGAGAAGGACGCUGAUCUGACGCCGCAUUUGAGCCGGCCGGAUACGAUUGAGUUACAGAUUUAAUUGGAAGGG